UAAUGGAGAGUAUUCUUCCAGAAAACAGCGAUUCAAGUGCGCCAGUGGACAGUGGACUCUCAGUUCAGGACCUGAGCAAACUUGAAAUCAGCACCUUGACCCCUCUUACUCCCGAGGUCAUCAGUCGACAAGCAACCAUCAACAUUGGAACCAUAGGACAUGUAGCCCAUGGAAAAUCGACUCUGGUCAAAUCGAUAUCAGGGGUGCAGACGGUUCGUUUCAAAAACGAACUGGUCCGAAAUAUUACAAUUAAACUGGGCUAUGCCAACGCGAAAAUUUACAAAUGUGACGGAAAGUGUCCAGCGCCUGAUUGCUACAGGUCGUGUAGCAGUGAUAUGCGAGAUGUUUUUCCAUGUGCUGCGGUGGGCUGUGGCGGAAACUAUAGGCUAGUGAGACAUGUUUCUUUUGUAGAUUGUCCAGGCCACGACAUUUUGAUGGCAACUAUGUUAAACGGAGCCGCAAUUAUGGACGCUGCUUUGCUUCUCAUCGCUGGAAAUGAGCCUUGUCCCCAGCCUCAAACAUCCGAACAUCUAGCUGCUAUUGAGAUUAUGAAAUUGAAGCAUAUAAUAAUUCUGCAGAAUAAGAUUGACUUGGUGAGAGAUACAGCUGCGAAGGAUCAAUACAGAGAGAUUUUGGAGUUUGUAAGGGGAACUGUUGCUGCCGAUGCCCCCAUUGUGCCUAUUUCGGCCCAGCUGAAGUAUAAUGUAGACGUUGUGUGUCAGUAUCUAUGUGAGAAGGUCCCAAUUCCAGCGAGGGUGUUCGAUCUACCGGCAAAGCUAAUCAUCAUCAGGUCAUUUGAUGUGAACAAACCCGGCUCGGAAGUGGAUGACUUAAAAGGAGGCGUGGCAGGCGGCAGCAUUUUACAGGGCGUGCUCAGAGUAGGGCAAGAAGUGGAGAUCAGACCAGGAAUCGUACGCAAGGACAACAAGAACCAAAUCACAUGCACACCCAUCAAAACCCUCGUCCUAUCUCUAUUCGCGGAGAAGAAUGAUUUGCAAUACGCAGUGCCUGGAGGUCUCAUAGGUGUGGGAACAAAAAUCGACCCGACGUUAUGCAGAGGAGAUCGAAUGGUUGGGCAUGUCUUAGGAGCUGUAGGAACCCUGCCUGAUAUUUUCAUCGAACUCGAAAUCUCUUUUUACCUUCUGAGAAGGCUACUCGGUGUGAGAGUAGAAGGCAAAGAAAAAGGAGCGAAGGUUGAAAAGCUGACCAAAAAUGAAGUCUUAAUGGUCAAUAUUGGAUCUUUAUCGGCUAAUGCCAGAGUUCUGGCUGUGAAAUUGGAUUUGGCCAAGCUGGUUUUGACAACGCCCGUCUGUACGCAAGUGGGUGAAAAGAUUGCUUUGAGUAGACGAAUUGAGAAGAACUUCCGACUUAUUGGAUGGGGUCAGAUCAGAAAAGGAACCAGCAUCAAGCCUAUGUAUAAUGAAAGUGAUAUGUAAAGAUAUGCGAAUUGAAUGUUAUUAUUUAAACGGUUUCCCGACUACAGUGCUUGAGGUUAAUGGCUAUGUAGUGAUAAGUCAUCGCUUUAAUUAUACUUUUAGCUUGUA